GAUAAAGAUAUUGUUGAGAGUAAAAAAAGAGCCAGCAGAUCUCACUGGUAGACCAAGGAGGCCCACUUUUUCGGAUUAUAAAUUAAUAAGAGUGAGAGUAUUCGAUAUGCCUCCCAGCCCCUCCCUCUGUGUAAAAAGGUGGGCGGGGCGUAGUUACACGCUGUGUGUCCACUGCUCGCUGGUUUUAGGAAGAUUAUCGCGGCGGGCUGGUUAGGAGAGGGGACCACACCGUUGCUUGUAGCCGUUGGUCGGCUUCCAGCAGCAGCAUCAAGUGGACGAGGGAACUCCGAUGGCAUGUGGUUCACAGACGGUGUUAACGGUUAAUUUUCACACGGAGAGAAACGGCACAGGGGAGCCAGUGUGAGCCCGAAGAUUAUGUCCGGAGCUGGCUCUGCUGCUGGGGAGAAAAGUUUGGAAGUAGGGAUACGCUAAAAUCAGCGGCGGUAAAAUGGCGGAGCGCAGCGGCUGCGAUGUCCUCAGCAUCCCGGUGCCCAUUCGCCGCGGUGGCUCAGAGUCCAACCUAGACGUGGUUGACGGUGUUGGGCACGAUGGCGUGGGUCUGGAUUUCACCAAAGGAGCGCUGGGAAUUGACAGCCUGCAGCAGAAGAUCCUCAAGGUGACGGAGCAGAUUAAGGUGGAGCAGACGGCUCGGGACCAGAACGUGGCCGAGUACCUGAAGCUUAUGAACAAUGCCGACAAGCAGCAGGUGUCGCGGAUACGGCAGGUGUUUGAAAAGAAGAACCAGAAGUCUGCGCAGACCAUCGGUCGGCUGCAGAGGAAGCUGGAGCAGUACCACCGCCGCAUGAAGGACAGCGAGACCAAUGGGAAGCACAACCAGAAAGACAGCGGCAGCAAGGAGUCCGGGACUCACAGCAAGGAGGGCAGUCUGCGGGACGUCAGCACCACCGGGCGCCACCAGGCACUGGAUAAGGUGAAGACGAUCGGGCCCGGCGUGUCGCUCUCACCUCCAUUUUUCUUCAGUAAACCGCGGGAGUUCGCUAACCUCAUCAGGAACAAGUUUGGCAGCGCUGACAACAUCGCUCACCUGAAAAGCUCUAUGGAAACAGGGUCAGGGCUGCAGGUGGAGGGCGGCGCGAGGGGUCUGAGUGGCAGCGCUACCACAGUAGCCAAGGCGACCAAGUACCAGAGCGACGAUGAGUGUUCCACCGGGACGUCUGCAUCCGCUGACUCCAACGGGAACCCGGCAGGAGGAUCGGGGGCGGGGUCAGGGGGGCCAGGGAGGUCAGACUCCAGCGGGCGCCUAGUGGAGGUGCUGGACAUGGUGCGGGACAUCAGGGAUGCUCAAGCGCAGCUGGCAGAGGACAUGGAGACUCUGAACACACAGUUUAAACGAGACUACAACUACUUCACGCAGGUGAUGCAGGAGGAGCGAUACAGGUAUGAGCGGUUGGAGGACCAGCUGAAUGACCUGACGGAGCUGCACCAGCACGAGACCAGCAAUCUGAAGCAGGAGCUGGCCAGCAUUGAGGAGAAGGUGGCCUACCAGGCCUAUGAGAGGGCCAGGGACAUACAGGAGGUGCUGGAGUCGUGCCAGACUCGCGUGUCGAAGCUUGAGCUCCAGCAGCAGCAGCAGCAGCAAACCAUCCAGCUGGAAAACACGGACGCCAAAGUGCUGCUGGGCAAGUGCAUCAACAUCAUGCUGGCCAUCGUCACCGUCAUCCUGGUGUGCGUGUCCACUGCGGCCAAGUUCACCGCCCCGCUGCUGCGCAGUCGCCUCCACUUGGCGCUCACCUGCGUGGGCGUGUCCCUGCUAGCGCUGCUGUGGAAGAACUGGGAACAUUUGCAGUGCGCUUUGGAACGAUUGCUCCUCCCGCACUGAGACCGGUGUGGGGAGGAAAUCAACAUGUAGCCUUACACGAGCCGAUGAUUCUGGGCUCCACGGUGACUCGGUUUAAGGCUCUGAGCCUCACCAAGAACACGUAAACGGACAUAAAUGCUCAAGAGCUGAACCGGAACUCUCUGAAGGUGCACACAUGAAAACGUGGCUGCUCUGCUGCAGAUCUGCAGGGCCAACAAAAGAUAAAUCGUCUCAGCUGCUUUCAUCUGGUCACCAGGACACUCUGGUGGCACCGGCAUCACACACACACUGAAGUCUAAAUAUAAAUGAGCGGGAUUACAUCAGGGCAUGGAAUAACACGUUAUUUUUUUCCUGUCCUUUAAAGGGAUGUGUUGCUGUUAGAGCACCACCUCCACACAAACUGUCAGUUAUGAGUCCAGUGGACCUGAUUUGAAUGUGCACACCAAGCUCGCUGUGACAAACACAAACACACAUCCACCUGAAGGUUCAUUCGCACCGCGCCUCUCUCUCUCUCGCUGCUGUUCUGUAUUUAUGUGAGGUUUUUUUAAUUUCAGCAUCUUCUUCAAAGCGACAGUUUGAAGUCUGGGAUUGCACAUUGUUUUAAGCUGUUUUCUAUCAGUGUGUAAAUCUGUGUAUUCGUGUGCGUUGUGCACUUACUCGUGUGUUUCUGUACUGUGUUUCUUCAAGGAACAGUUAAACAUUUUGGAAAAUAGGCUCAGGUCUGGAUGGUAGAUGUGCAGCUAGAGCCGGGAGAGAUCAUUAAUGGACGUGCUGUGAAAUAAAUCUGCUGUAAGAAAUUAAAACCUUUAAGCUACAGCUGCAGUGAAAAGUGAUGCCCAAACCUGCUUUUAUCGCCCUCCUUCAUUUUUAUUGCCCAAAUCUGACCUCUCACAGUGACUCACAGUAACUAAAUGAUUAUAAAUUUGAAAAAAUACUCCUAAUUAUGCGUUAAUUUAAUGAAUUAGCUUCAUGAUUCUGCUCACCUCAACUGCUUGAUCUUUUUUUCCCCCUGAUCCAUAAUUAUUAUUGUCUUCUGGUGUAUCUUUGAAUCCUCACAAUAAUCCUUAUUUAUCUCAAAGUCGAUCCUCGAUGCGGCCCCUUGGUCACGGUGCUUCGAGAAGCAGCAGCCGCUGCUCAGGAAACGACUUCAUGCAGUUAUUUCAAAGCCCUUCUUUAAACCUACCAGUCGAGUUUUGUCCAAAAUGAGCUUAAAAUGCUCACAUUCCUGCAAGUUAUGUUUUUAUUGGUGUUUUGGUCCAGAGCUCCGACCCUGCCCAAUCAGCGUUUCCUGCCAGAGCACUGAAUGGAUUUCCUCACAGUUCUUGUUACAAAUGCAGUAAAACAAGAAAAAUUGUUUAAAAUGUGCACACAGCUUCAUCUUUACCAAGAUAAUGAUCAGAUACACCUGUCAUUUACUGGGCAACAAAAUGAUGGCCUCUCUAACUCUUUCCCCAUUAAGAUGACAUUCAACGAUCUCCACAUUUCCUCUAAUGACAAGUUUUGACACAUCUGUAAUCAAUAAAGAGGCUGUUAGACAAUACGUUCCUGUGCAGCCAGAGACCACUUCAUUAACUUCUGAUAGAUACACAGUCAUUUUAGUCUGAAGUAGCCUGAAAUAUGACAGAAACUCCUCAGUUCAGGUAAAAGAAUCAAGAGUUACUCCUAACAGGCAUCCAAGAUGGAAACGGUUAAAGCCGGGGGCGGGACAUAGAGAUAGACAGCGUCUCUGCAUUGCUUCAUUCUGUCUGAAACAAGCCGGUUUACCUCCCUGCUGGUUACCGCCAAGUUUCUUUUACCUGUUUGUCGCACUCCCCUACUGGUCACCACGUCUGAUUUGAUUGAUGUGUUCAAAAACACCAGGGACUGGUUACUUGUCUUAUAGUUGGCCAACAUCUCCGUCCUCUGGCUCUAACUUCACACUGAAUAGACCAAAACAAAAAAACAAAAAAAAAAGUGACUAUUUCCCAAAAUGUCAGGCUGCCUGUUUUGAAGUGAAAGCUGCUUAACUGCCUCAUCUCUUGUUAAUUUGGUGUUUUUGUGGUUAUUUUGUUAUGAUGUUUGUGUUUUCAGGUAACUGUUGCUUCUGAAAGCUUUUUAAAGCCUCUAACAGUGAGAAGGGAAACCUUGUACUAACAUCAGGAGAUAGCUGAGAAGCAGAGCCUGUUUUCUCACACGACACAUGUAGAGAGAACACUGACGCGUGAUGCAGUUUGGUGCACGUGGAGGGAAAUAAGGUGAAAUUAUGCCAAUUUGAAAUUGUUUAAAGUUGACACGUGAUCACAUUAGAUGGCCUUUUCUGGAGAGGUGAUCAGAACAAAUUACAAUGUAUGUGUGUGUGAAGCCUUUGAUGCUGUGCUGCGUUCAUGUCCAGGGGAAAAAAACAUUGCAGCAUUCAGACGCUCUGUUCUGAGAUUUAGAAGAUUUGAGAGGCUGAAGAUUUUUCUCUUUUUACUUGAAAUAAGCGUCUGUUCAAACAUUAAAGCAGCAUGUUUCCCAGCAGCGAUAGCCGCUUUCCCGCACGUGACUUGAAUGCAGCAUCGCAGACUGGACAGAGGGAAGUGAAAAAUGUAGCUCCCCGACCCCAUUUCACUGUGAUGAAGAUGAUGAUGAGGGGGUUAAAAAAUAGGACUGAUGCCUUUUCAGUGCAGCCUGUUUUUUCUUCUUCUGUGUGUCCUUUUUCUGUUUUUCUCUAUUCUAAGAAGAAGAAAAAAGCCAAAUAUGGAGGUUUUUAUGAAACCUAAGCUCAUCUUUGAUGUUUUUUGCAAACUGGUUCAAACACUAUCUCUGUUAGGAGAGACGUGCACCUCCUCUCCAAAGCUCUGAGUUCAUGGUGUGUGUGUGUGUUUUCUUUGUCUUUUUCUUUUCUAAUUUCUGUGCAUUAGUUUCUGGUUAUGGGUUUUCUAUAACUGUAUUAUUAUUAUUAUAUUUUCAGAUGAUAAAAUAAAUCAUUGUUUUUC